AUUUAACUCCGGAUGCUCAUGCAAAGCAGAAAAAUAAGGAUAACAAUACCAUUAUUCAAGUCGUUGUGCAAUAUUAUAGACAACAGUAUGAGAAUGGACGCAGUGAACUAAUCCGAUUUUUAUAAACUUAUGGCUGAAUAUGGAAUCAGACCUGUUGAUUGGCUGGCAGGAGGAGCCGGUGGAGAUGAGGGCAGAGAUAUCACGUCUGCAGGAUGAGUUGGCAGAGAGCAGAGCAGAGAGGGAGGAGUUGGAGUCCCGAGCUCAAGCUUUGACUGACAGGCUGUCUCAGAUGCUGGACCCGUCUUUAUCUCUGCAACUGGAUGAUGAGCAGAGAGAAUGGAGGAAAAAGCUCAGAGAGGGAAGAGAGAGAGAAGCCAGACAGGCACUGCUCAUUAAUAAACUUCAGAACAAGGUGUUGGAGUACAGGGAUCACUGUCAGGCUCUGGAGCAGCAGGUGAUCAGUGAGGAGAGAGAGCUGAGGGUGAGAGAGAGAAUGUUGCAGGAUGAACGCAGUGACACACUCGAGAGCACCCUCAUUAUGCUGGAAGAGGAGCAGCAGAGAAGUACAGGGCUUUCAGAGGUCAAUGUUGUUCUGCGAAGUCAGCUCAGCCAAUCAACGGAAGCAAAUGAAGCCCUGAGGGAUGACCUUCGAAAGCUAACUGUCGAUUGGUCCAAAGCAGUGGAGGAGGUGGUGCAAAAAGAAAUUGAUUGGCAAAAAGAGAAAGAGGCUCUGACAGGCCACAUAGGAAAAGAGCAGUCCCGGUUGAUGGCUAUUUGGGGAUGCGUGGUCACACUAAAACGCCAGUGUCACUGUCUGAAGACUGCGACUGACAAAGACCUGUGGGAGAUGAAAUUAGAGAUCUCUCGUCUCUCCUCCUCUCUUCUUUUUGUGUGGGCUUCUCCUCGAUCAUCCUCCAUCCUGCCCCUGGACUCAUGUAUAACCCACUCCACUAAAGCACACCCCCUCACCUCCACUCAGGGGCCACUGUCUUCAGAUGAUUUGUAUCAUGAACAGAGAGGAGAGAUGAAGUCGAUUGAAUUUAAAACUGACUUUGAGGCAGAGGCCCUGGAACUCAGGAACAGGAUCACAGAAAUUAAAUUUACCAUAAAAGCUUUGGAAUCUGAAAGAGAGAACCAGGAUGAAGAGAUGGAGAAGAGACACAGGCAAGAGAUGGAGAGAGAACGCGAGCAAGAGAGGAAGUGGGAGAGACAGAUAGAAAUGGAAAGAAACUUUGAAUCUGUCAAGCAUGCUGUCAGGACACUGUCCAUGGUUCUCAGAUCUCAGCAGAGGAGUGGGCAGUCUAGCUCUCUCUCUGUUUAUGAUGUGUCCAGUGAAGGACUGUCCUCUGUUCUCUCGGUCAUCGCUCAAGCUGAGACUUCCCUGCAAUGGCGACAACAGGAAGUGCAGGAUGCUCAGUUAAGCUUGCGUAGACUAGGGGUGGAGAAACAAUCCCUGGAGCAACAAAUUACACAGCUGGAGAGUGAAAAGGAGGAGAUUGAGGAGCAGAUCAAUCAGGGAGCACUUGAGAUUAAACACUUUCAUGAACUACUGAACAGUGAGAGGGAGAUGGUAAGUAGUUUAUCUAGUCAGGUGGAGGAGGCUGAGAGAUGCACAGAAGAACUGAGAAAAGAGAAUGAACAACUGAGACGAGAGAGGGAGAAGGAGGAAGAGGAAAGAGUCGAAUUGGAGAAAGAGAGACUGAAAUGUCUGGAAGCUAAGAUCCUGGAGACUGCUGAGCUGUGUGAGCGAGAAACUCGCACCCGUCUUGAGCUCCACAGCCUGCAGGGGGCACUAGAGAGAGAGAAGCUGGAUAGAGCACGAUCUGAGCAAGAGGCUACUUACACUAAAGAUUCUUUACUCAAGGCACGGGAGUCAUUACUGACCCUUUCCUCCAGUCAAACACAGCUGAAGAGAGAGCUGGUAGAAAGCCGAGAUGCCCUGGAGAAAAUGGCCAUUUUAAAUGAAGCUCUAGCCAAGGACAAGAGAGAACUCGGUGUUUGUUCACUGCAGCUGGAGACGGAGGUGGCAGAAGCCCAGUCCCGGAUCCAUGCAUUUGACUCCAAGAUGGCAGGUCUGCGCCGGGAACUGAAGACCACGUCUCUAGAGGCCAGUGAAUUAAGGGAACAGAGAGAGACAGAUCUGAAAUCUCUGCAGCAGCUCAGAGAUAGAGAGAUAGAGCUGGAGAAUGAGCUGGACACUGAGAGGGAGGAGAGAGAGAGGGAAGUGACUGCUCUCAUCAAAGAGAAGGGGAAAGAUGAACAAAGGAUUUUAGAGUUAAGUGAGCAGCACAGAGCUGUGAUGGAGUUGCAGAGUGUCCAGGCAGAAUUGCUCAAAGCGGUAGAGCAGCAGAGAAGAGCAGAACGAGAGAGAGAUGACCUACUGAGAGAGAGCCAGAGACUAGAGGACAGAAUAUGCACUCUGGAGAGAGAGGAGGAGGAGCUGGAACAAGGCAAAGAGGAACUUAGAGGUGUGGUGGUUUGUCUCCAGGAGCAGAUGGCUCAGGUUCAGGAGCAGGACUCAGGUCUGGAGGUGCAGUGCAGUCAGCUUCAAACACAGGUGGACACGCUCAUGCAGACCAAAGAUGUCUUGCAAGGUGAGAUUAAAUGUCUACAAUCAGACCUGGAGAGAGAGGCAUCACAAAGAGAACGGGAAAGGCAAGGAGCAACAGAGGACAGAAGGAGGAGUGAAAGUGAGCUAGAAAACUGGCGAUCAGAAUUCAACAGGAUUCACUUUGACAUUGAACAAAUAUCAAAGAAAAACAUAGUACACGAGGAAGAGAGCAAAACAGAGAGAAAACGAUGGCAAAGAGAGAAAGAAUCUCUGAAUGCAGAACUUGGCCAGAAAGAUGGAGAAGUGGAGAUACUGAGGAACAGGAUAGAGGGACUAAUCAAGGACAAAGAAGAGCUUUCAGGCCUCUUAGAUAAAAGAAAUCUAGAACUGGAGAAGCAACAAACUAAAUCUGCAGCAGAGCAGAAAAUGGCUGAACUAAGACUGAGAGAAGCAUGUGAUGAGAUUGAGAGAUGGAAGGAGAGAGAAAAUCAGAUUCAAAGAGAGAAAGAAGAGUUAAAUCUGAAGUUCAUUGAAAGAGUGGAACAAGAAAAUCAGAACCUCAAGGUUACAGAGAGAGAGAAUGCCAAGAUGUCUGAUCUGUUGCAAAAGAAGAAGAAUGAAAUACAAAAGAAUGGAGAGGACAUCAAAGAGUUAAAAUUGAAAGUCCAAUCACAUGAAGGAAUAAUUGAGAGUCUGGAAAUAGAGUUAAAAGAGAAAGAGGCCUUGGAGAGCAGAGUAGCAGGCCUGGAGGAACAGAAGGUUCAACUUAAAGAGAGAGAAAUGGAGAAAACAAGAGUAAAUGAAAGCCGACAAAAGAAAAGAGAUGAGCAAGAGAGGGAGAAAGAAACAAGGUUGAGGGGACAGUUGGAAAAGAAAAAUGAAGAAUUGGUAGAGCUCAGAAGCAGAGUUGAAGAACUGAUAUUUCAGAAAGAACAUGCAUCAUUGCUCAUUGAAGAAAGAGAAAAUGAUUUUGAAAGAUUACAGAGCACAUCAUCCACAGAAAAGAGAACUCUUGAACAGAGGCUAAAAGAGGUUAAAGACAAUGCUGAGUGGUGGAAGAAACGAGCUGUCAACAUAGAAAAUGAGAAGGAGAACAUAAAUCAGGCUGCUGAAAGAGAGAGGGUUGAACUGACAGAUCAACUUAGAGAAAGAAAGGAAGAGGUACAAACAAGAGAGGAGGAUAUUGAUGAUCUUAAAGGUAGAAUUCAGUCAUUAGAGGUGAUCAUGAAGGAACUAAAGACUGGUGUUGAGCAGAAGGAUGGUCAACUUAAACAUUUAACGGAGCAAAACUCACAGAUGGAAGAGAAGGAGAAGGAGAAGCAGAAAGAGCUGGAGAGGAAAGAAGCAGAGCUCAAGAAGCAGGAGAAACUGCUGAAAGGAGUAUUAGAAAAUCGCAAUACCAAAAUUGAGGAAGUCUUUAAAGAAAAAGAGAAGAUACUACAAAGGAUAGAAGAGAGAGAUACCGAGCUGAAAGAAUUACAAAUGAAACUGACAAAAGAACAGAAAACAUUUGAACAGAAGCUAAAAGCAGAACAUGAAGAGAUAAACAGUUGGAAAGCCAAGUUGGCAGAGAUGGAAAGGGAUCGGAUAAGUUGGGAGGAAAGGGAGGAAGAGAAAAGGCAAAGGCAUGAAAUGGAGCUAAGAGAUCUGAGAGCAAAUCUCAAACAGGAGGAGGAGUUGUUGAGGCAGUUGAGACUGAAGAUUGAUGAAAUGAAUCAAGAGAACAUGGAAGAGAAGAGAACAAGGCUGGAGCAACAAGAAUACCUUGAACGACAAACAACCUUCCUUCAAGAGAGUGAGGAGGAGGCACAGACACUAAAAAAAAAAUUUCAACAAAAAGAAACCGAGGAAAAAGACAGAAUCCACCAUGAGGAAGAGGAGAGAAGAAGACUGAGAGAAAAACUGCAUGAGGUUGAGCAGGGGAGCCUUGAACUCUCAAGCUGUCUGCGAGAGGCCAAAUCAGUGCUCGAGAAGGAAAAACGUCUGUGCAGAGAGAAAGAAGAAGAGCUCUUAGACUGUAAUCAAGAGCUACUGCUGGUCAGUCAUGAGCGAGAUCAGGAGAGGGAGAACGUAGACAAACUGCAGAAGAUGAUGGACGAACAAGACAAAGAGGUGAAGACAUUGAGAGCAAAACUGGAUGAACGGUUGCUGGAGGUGGAGAGGUUGUCUGAACUGCUGCUAGAUGGUCGUGGGGAAGCACAGGUGCUUAAAACGAGGGCAGAGAACAGUGAAGAGGAGACACAACGAUUGAAUAGGUCUUUGAGUCAGAUUGAAGAAGAGAAGAGGCAUCUGGAGACUCAACUUAAAGAUGCAAAAACACAAGAAGAAAGAUUGAGUGCCAGGCUUGAGGAUCUUCAGAAAGGUCAACAAGUCCAGAUGGAGAAGAUGGGAUGUGUGGAGAAGCUCGAGGCCAGCGUAAGAGAGUUGGAGGAAGAGAGAGACCAUCUCUCUGCAGAAUUUCGAAGGAAAGAAAGAGAGAUUGGGGCUCUGAGAGAUGAAACACUUAGGGAGAGACGAGAGAAGGAAAGAAUAAGCUCUUUGCUGAAUGAGGCAAAAGAAAGGAGGGAUGCUUUGGUUGCCCAGGUGGAAACUAUACAAGAAGAGGUGGUUAGUCUAUCUAGAACCAAAGAGCAAACCAGGUCUAAGGUCAAGGUACAAGAAGAGCAAAACUAUAAGAUGCGAGAGGGGCUUAUCGCAGGGCUCCAGGAGAUGGCUACUCUAAAAGAACUGCUGGAGGAGAGCCAUCAUGAAGGAGAGAGACUGAGGUCCAUUUUGCAGGAAAAGAAGGAAGAGGUGGUCCGAAGCAAAGAGGAGAGUGUAAGGGUGGUGCAGAAUGAAGCCAAAGAUCUUCAACUUAGAGUCCAGACAUUAGAGAAGGAAAAACAGGAGCUUAAGUCAGCACUUCAACUGCAAGAAGAAGAACUAAAGAAGAAAAAUGAGGAGCAAAUGCAGAGAAGAGAGAAUUUAGAGGAUGAAUUGAAGGAAAUGGAGAGCAUAGUGGAGCAGAGAGAGGCUGAGUUGACCAGAGCAAGGGCUAGAAUGGAUGUUCUGGAAGAUCAGAGGACUGAACUCAGCUCUAUGGCUGCAGAGAGGACCAGAGAGGUGGAGGAAUUGAGCAACAGAGUCAAAGAGCUAAAACAGGAAGUUGAUAGAUUAAGAGAGGUGCAAGUAAGAGACCAUGAAGACUGGCAAAGUAAAAUAGAGGCACUUGAAAGAAAAAAUAAAGAGAAACAACAUGAGCUUGAGGGAUUGGAGCUUCUCAGAAAAACAUUGAGGGAAAAGGAAAACGAGUUAGAAUUAAUGAAGGAGCGAUAUGAUGAUGAAACAAGUAAAAGCAAGAGAUUUCAGCAAGCAGAGGAGCAGAACUUAAGGCGAUUAGAAGUAUUCUCUGAGAGACUGAGAGAUAAAGAAACUGAUUUGGUGAGUGUUCGAGAAACGGCCCACAAAGAAAAAUCAGCAAGACUUAGAUUUCAGUAUCAAUUUGAAGAUGAGAAAAGAGAUACAAAGGCAUUGAGGGAAAAAGUUGAAACCUUGAAGAAAAAGCUGGAGACCAAAAUGGACGGGGAGAUAUGCAACUUUAAAGAAUAUGUAAAGAUCAACAAAGGACCAAAGACAGAUAGUGGCUAUGGUACUCUAUCAGAUUUCCUAGAAUUGAUUGUGGAAGAUCAGUCUCAUGAUGACAAGUGGUUAGAGAUAGACACACUUAGAAAGGAACUGACAAGAAAGGAACAGGAAUUAGAGCUGUUGAGGACCAAGGCUCAUGUCCUGCAGACUGAGAUAGACAGACUGCACUCUACAAAAAUAAACCAGACCAUAGAAAAUAGGCCAGCAAAGAAUGAAGACAUGGAGAGGCUAAAGAAACAAGUGGACACUGUCCUUUUUGAGAAAGAGCAGAUGGAAAGACUCCUGAGAGAGAAGGACUCAGAAGUAUAUGUAUUGAAAGAGAGAGCAGAGGUGCUGAGUAAAGACAGGGACCGGGUCAGGACAGCUCUAGAGAAGACUGAAACCAUGCUGAUUUACUAUAAGGAAAGACUUGGACCACAGGAACGUAAAAUAACCCGACCAGGAGUAGAUAUGUCACAGGAAAAAGAGCAUGAACCAAAAGCCCAGUCCAUAGAUGAGGUGGAUACAGACUCUUCUGUGCUGGACCGUCUGUCGGCCAUGCAGUGGACUGUGGCACAACUGGAGGUUGAACAGAAUGUUCUGCAGAAGAAAAACACACAUCUGGAGAAGAAGAUAGAGAGACUACGAACUGAGCGACAGCACCUGAGAGAGACAUUGACACAGGUUGAGCUGGAGAGGGGGAAACUGAGACAUCAACUGUCACAGUCAGAAGUGGAAAUUCUGGGCCUGCCAGACGAUACUGACAAGGAAGAGGUGAAGCGACUCAGAGUCCGAGCCAGUGAGCUUGAAGAACAGGUUCAUCAUCUUCGACUUAUGUUGGCAGUGGACCAUCAGCAGAGGGAAGAGUUCAUAGAUCACUCUCUGAGGAAUAGCCAGAGUCUCAUGUCCCUGAGACUGGAUCUAAAUGAGUCUUUAGCUGUAGUGUCCCAGCGUCCUGUGCCCUCAGUGCUAGAGUUAGAGACACAGAGGCUGGACAGAAGCAUCAGAGAGCAAGAGCUCCAACUGUCUCUUAGCCAAAGCUAAAACACAACACUUUAUUUAGUAUAUGAUGACUUAAAUAGUUUAUUUGACACUAUAUUUUGCUCUUAGUACAAUGUUAGAAUUAACAUUUAGUAAUUCUGUCUGUGCGCUGAACGAGAUAGGACUCUGGGUUUAAAUAGCUUUAUUAUUUUAACAUUUUGUACAAAUAUAUGUAUUUUUGAUCAUUUUAAUGUCACUAAAUAAUAAAAAAAAAUGCUAACUAGUUACAGAAUAUCAGCUUUAACCAUAUGUGGUUGAAUAUUAGACAUGUCUAAUAUAUUGUCUCAUGGACAGACAGAUAAUGUACGGAUAUUUUCAAGUAUACGCAGCUAAUAGCUUUGCAUUCAUGUUUACAAUACAUUUCAAAGCUAUUCCAUCAGUGUUUUUAUUUGUGCAAUAUAAGCAAUCUGAAAUGCAAUGGGUUAUUUUUUAUGUUCACUUUUUGAAUAAACUUGAAUUAAAAACACAUCAUCCUACUUUCUAACAUUGAGAAUACCCUGUUUUAAGUGUUGAUUUUUCUUUUGUAUGUUCAUCCGAAUUAGGAGUCACAACACACAUACUAUCAAAUCAAUGA